UCACCCUUUCAUACAAUCUCAAACAAAAUACACACCAUUUUCAUACAUAGCAAUAUCUCAUCUUCAGACAACUAUGGCCUCCAACAAAUCAUUCAUCACAGUUUUUGUUCUUGCUCUGACCUUCUCAGGCAUGAUGAGCAUGAGCCUAGCAGCUCGCCAUCUUAUGCAGGCAAGUGCACCAAAUUUGCCCGGCAUUCCCUCUUUGCCUAAACCAACAUUGCCACCUAUGCCUUCAAUUCCAGCCCUUCCUCAGGGUAAUGUUCCUCCACUGCCCACUAUCCCAUCUCUCCCUACCACUUUGCCUCCACUUCCUACCAACAUCCCAACAAUUCCAACAAUCAAUGUUCCUCCAUUUCCCACAUUCACAAUUCCAACUACUAUGCCCUCCAUCCCAUUCCUCUCCCACCACCUUCCACCUCCACCCCUUAAACUACCUUUCAUUUCUUCAUCCUGGGCAAGCUACCAUCUCAGUCUGAUUCCUACCAGUGCCAAGUUGCAUGCUUGCCAUAGAUAUUGCCUGAUUCCUUUUGUGUGAGAGCCUUCUGUGGUGUUUUCCUUCUACUUUUGUCGUAUGGUGUGAAAUACUGUAUUUCUUUUCAGUUUAUGUGUGUUAUCGCUAUUGUUUCUACUUUUUCUUGUAUUAUAGAUUACAGAUUGCGAAUGAUUACAGCUAUACAAAUUAUAAUGUCUCGUUCUUUAAUUUAAA